AUGACUCAAAUAGAUGCAGAUCGUGAAAAAAGUCUCCAAGAGUACAGAAAGAAAUUACUGGAACACAAAGAAGUGGAAUCCAGGUUAAAAGAAAUGCGAGAGCAGCUGAAGGAUCUAACAAAACAAUAUGAUAAAUCAGAAAAUGACCUGAAAGCAUUGCAGAGUAUGGGACAAAUUGUUGGAGAAGUCUUAAAACAACUUACAGAAGAAAAAUUUAUCGUCAAAGCUACUAAUGGUCCACGUUAUGUUGUUGGUUGUCGUCGGCAAUUGGAUAAAACAAAAUUAAAGGCAGGAACAAGAGUAGCUCUAGAUAUGACCACUUUAACUAUAAUGAGAUACUUGCCAAGAGAAGUUGACCCCUUGGUUUACAACAUGAGCCAUGAAGAUCCUGGUGAUGUAACUUAUUCUGCUAUUGGUGGUCUUUCUGAACAAAUUAGAGAACUCCGAGAAGUUAUUGAAUUACCAUUAAUGAACCCGGAGUUAUUUAUGAGAGUUGGAAUUACACCUCCAAAAGGUUGUUUGCUUUAUGGACCACCAGGUACAGGAAAAACUUUGUUGGCAAGAGCUGUGGCUUCACAACUUGAUGCAAAUUUCUUGAAAGUUGUAUCUAGUGCUAUUGUUGACAAAUAUAUUGGAGAGUCUGCCAGACUUAUCAGAGAAAUGUUCAACUAUGCUAAAGAUCAUCAACCUUGCAUUAUUUUUAUGGAUGAAAUUGAUGCUAUAGGUGGUCGCAGGUUUUCAGAAGGUACAUCAGCAGACAGAGAAAUUCAGAGAACUCUCAUGGAAUUGCUUAAUCAAAUGGAUGGAUUUGACUCUUUAGGACAAGUAAAAAUGAUAAUGGCCACCAACAGACCUGACACAUUAGAUCCUGCUUUACUCCGUCCAGGCCGUUUGGAUAGAAAAAUUGAAAUCCCUCUACCAAAUGAACAGGCCCGUCUUGAAAUUCUCAAAAUCCAUGCCUUCCCUAUUGCCAAACAUGGGGAAAUUGAUUAUGAGGCAAUUGUUAAACUAUCUGAUACUUUCAAUGGUGCAGAUUUAAGGAAUGUUUGUACCGAAGCAGGACUUUUUGCAAUCAGGUCAGAGAGGGAAUAUGUUAUUCAAGAAGACUUCAUGAAGGCUGUAAGAAAAGUUGCAGAUAAUAAGAAACUUGAAAGUAAAUUAGAUUAUAAACCUGUGUAA